CCCCUUUUUGGGGACCAUGGCGGGGUCUGUCCUUGCUCUCCUCCCGGAGGAGGAGCUGCCCACCGGCCCCGGCCUCCAGGGACAACGAUGCCCGUGAUUUCAGCGCCGAGGAUAGACAGAGCCCUCGCCUUCUUCCAGCUCGGCUCACCAUCAUCACAAUGAUGUUUAGUGAAGAUAUGGGCUGGAUGGCCCUUGCGGUCUCUUCCAGUUCUGUGAUUCCAUGACAAGCAGCCUUCUUGGUGGCAGCUUCCAGGUUGUGGAAUUUCUUUCCGUGCAAGUCUUGCUUGGCUCUCUCUUCUUUUUCUGCUAGCAGGGACACAAGUAGACAUGAAGCACUAACUGGAGGCAGGAAAUCUCAGCUAGUUCUCCUUGCAUUUUUCACGGUGUGCUAUGGAGACUAAGGAAGAGAAAAAAGAGAGACGGCAAGGUUAUUUUGCCCGUUUGAAGAAGAAGCGGUUAGCUAAACAAAAUGGAGAGACAACUUCCACAAAUGGAACUGCAGUUUGUAGAACUUCAACAGGAAAAGAUGAUGUCACUUCGGGUCAAACCAGUGGAUCCCAAGAAAACUGCAAACAUUCUGGUGAAAAGGAGGACUAUGAGAAAAAAAAGAAAAAGAGUAGCCAGAUAAAGGAUAUUAGGCGCACAGAUCUUAAGCGAUUUUAUAUUACUGAGAUGGAAAGGGCAAAGAUGGGAAUGAUUGAUGAUGGGAGAAAUAUCUCCCCAAAGGCAACUGGGGAAACCCUACAUGCAAGAACAGCUUUUCUGUAUGACAAUCAAACCAAAACCAAUGAAAAAAAAGAAAAGAAAAUGGUUUCUCAGAGACCACAUGGUACAAUCGAGUAUACGGCUGGAAGCCAGGAUACGCUGAAUAGCAUAGCCUUGAAGUUUAACAUCACUCCAAAUAAACUUGUGGAACUCAAUAAGCUUUUCACACAUACAAUUGUCCCAGGCCAGGUUCUGUAUGUGCCGGAUACUGAACCAAUUUCUACAGCUGCGAAACUAGCUUCCUCAAGUCCUGGUGCCACUGUUUCACCUUCAUCAUCAGAUGCGGAGUAUGAUAAACUUCCGGAUGCUGACUUAGCAAGGAAGGCUUGUAGACCACUUCACAGAGUGCUAUCAUCUACUUCAGAGGAAGAUGAGCCAGUUGUUGUCAAGUUUUUAAAAAUGAAUUGUCGCUACUUCACAGAUGGCAAGGGUGUGGUAGGAGGGGUCAUGAUAGUAACUCCCAACACCAUUAUGUUUGACCCACACAAAUCAGACCCGCUGGUAAUUGAGAAUGGCUGUGAAGAAUAUGGGCUCCUUUGUCCAAUGGAGGAGGUUGUUUCAAUUGCACUCUACAAUGAUAUCUCUCACAUGAAGAUUAAAGAUGCUCUGCCAUCCGACAUUCCAAAGGAUCUUUGUCCUUUGUACAGGCCUGUGGAGUGGGAAGACCUCGCUUCUGAAAAGGACAUCAACCCUUUCAGCAAAUUUAAAUCAUUGAGCAAGGAGAAAAGGAAGCAGAAAGCGGAUGGGUUUGUCACUCUUAAUUCCAAGCUGAUAAAAUCCCCAGGCAAGGAGAAACCUACGGAUUUUGAAGUUGUUAAAUCUUCUGAAAGUUCUUCUUUGGUGACAUCCCAGUCAGGAGAAACCCCAAAGGACUCCAUUAUUGCUGUGUCUUCAAAAAGGGUGGCUACAGAACAGUCUGGAGAGAGAGUUUCUCUAGACUUAACCAAAGACAAUUCUCUUCUGGAUGAGGAUGGUUUUAUAGAUCUCGAAGAGUCUUCAGCACAGAUUGACGGCAGAGUAAAGCAUGGAGAUUCAGGAAUGGUAGGUGUUUCCAAGGACUGUAACACAAAAGAGAAAGUUAGGGUACAAGCAACAAAUGAAGACAAUUCUAAGCAAUUAGUAGUGGAGUCAUCUGAGGCCAAGGAAGCCAUCCCAAAAGAUGUCCUUGAUUCAGAGUCCUGUGAAAAGCUUGAUGUAGUGCCUGAAGUGAACAAGGGAGGUAGUUCACCAACAAAUAAAAUAGAGACCACACUUGAUGCAGAAAAGGAACUGAAUAAAGAUAAGCUUAUUGAAUUUUACCUCAAUAAAGAUAAAGGUGAACCACAAACUACUGAUGACUUGGGUAAGACUGAAGUUAAGGAAGAGAGAAAUAAUACACCAGGAGGCGUAGAUCUUACACUUAGCUCUUCACAUUCCCCUACCAUUAAAGACCUUACAGACAAAAGGGCAGUUCCUGACUUACCUUCUGUUGAGAAGAAAGACUUAUUUUCAAACAUUGGUUCAGCAGCAGGAGCUGAAAAGAAAGAGCUUGGAGGAUCGCUAGCUUCUUCAUUGACAUCUCAUUUAGAUAGCAAUUCUGAAAUCAGAUUGUGGCUGCUGCAGAGGAUACAAGUGCCCAUUGAAGGUACAGUUGCGGAAGAAGGUAUGCCAGACCAUGACUCGGACCUGGGUGAGCAUGAAGUUUAUGGAAAUGAUGAAAUAUAUAUAGGCUGUCAUAACAUGCUUCCUUCCAAAGAGGAAAAAAGCAAGGCCCCUCCAAUGUUUCUGUGCAUCAAAGUGGGCAAGCCGAUGAGGAAGUCAUUCAGUUCCCAAAGUUCUACGAUGACUCAGCAAUAUAGUAAAAAAAGAAAACAGCCAGAAUACUGGUUUGCUGUUCCACGAGAAAGGGUCGAUCAUCUAUAUACCUUUUUUGUGCAGUGGUCACCUGAUGUCUAUGGCAAAGAUGCUAAGGACCAGGGUUUUGUGGUGGUGGAAAAGGAUGAGCUGGACAUGAUAGACAACUUCUUCAGUGAACCCUCAACAAAAAGCUGGGAGAUUAUUACUGUGGAAGAGGCUAAGCGCCGAAAGAGUGUUUGCAGCUAUUGUGAAGAAGAUGAUGGUGAUGUUGACGAAGAUGAUGAUGCACUGCCUGUUUUAAAAAACCAGAGUGCACUCUUAGAAAACAUGCAUGUAGAGCAGCUUGCCCGGUGCCUACCAGCAAGAGUUCAAGGAUAUCCCUGGAGACUUGUCUACAGCACACAAGAACAUGGGACCAGCUUGAAAACUCUGUAUCGAAAGUCAGCAUCUCUCGACAGUCCAGUGCUUCUUGUUGUCAAGGAUAUGGAUAAUCAGAUAUUUGGGGCUUAUGGAACACAUCCUUUCAGAUUGAGUGAUCACUAUUAUGGCACUGGAGAAACUCUCCUGUAUACAUUCAAUCCUCUUUUCAAGGUUUUUAAGUGGAGCGGAGAAAACACUUACUUUAUCAAUGGAGAUGUAACAUCAUUAGAACUUGGAGGCGGAGAUGGUAGGUUUGGCUUAUGGUUAGAUGCUGAUUUAUACCAUGGUCGGAGCAACUGUUGCAGCACAUUCAAUAAUGACAUUUUGUCCAAAAAAGAAGACUUUGUCAUCCAGGAUGUGGAAGUCUGGACAUUUGAGUGAUGAAGUUCCUGCCUUAAAAAGUCGAACUUGAAUUUACUGAGCUCUCAGUAGAUGUUGAAAAUUGGAAUGUAGGCUGCCUCACGACAGAACAAGCUUUUCGACCCCUGGACUCAGGCAGACUAAUAAUCCAAGAAGAUUAAGGCAAAAAUGGGACAUAACUCAUGUCUUUUUCCUGCUCAGCUAGUGUUCCUACACCAUGGUAGGAAGGUGUUUGUGGAAGGCAUUUGUAACAUACAGGUUUGUUAAAAGCUGUCUUAUUAUUUUCUGUAACUGUGAAAGAAUUCUGUGGAAAAAUCAUAGAGGCGUGUAGUACAUUCCAUAUGUAUUUUUAUUCCGUGAGAGUGGAAACCAAAAAGAGGGAAAGAUUGUGUUACCAAAUCUUGCAGCACAAAGUAAUGGUCAUUUCCAGCACUUAAAGGGAGCUUUUUUUAAAGGAAUAUAUUUAUUGCUUGUAUAGUACUUUUUUCCUAAAAUGUAUUAGGCAUGUUUUUCUUUUUAAUAUUUCAAAUGUCAGCAUUUGCAAGAAAGCUAUAUCGAUUUUGAAGCAGAUGUCAACACAGUGGCAAAUAGUUUUGAUUUCUUAGGUUUUUAAAAAUAUUGUUUUUGUUUUUUUAAUUUUGUAAAAGAGACAUCUUUGUUGCUUUUUGUAAUUAUUUUUGGGAUCUUAGGUUUUGACUGAACACAUGGUUUGAGAUAGGCGCAUUGACAGCUCCCAUUAUCAAACAUAUCUUGUUGGUUGUGUGGAAAUGUUAGAAGAGAGAUCCAGUUUUUAAUUGGUGGACAAAAAAAAAAACCCAGGUAAACACAGGAGCCGUGGAUCAAUGGGUUAAACCCUUGUGCCAACUGAACUGCUGACCUGAAGGUUGGUGGUUCGAAUCCGCGAGAUGGGGUGAACUCCUGUCUGUCAGCUCCAGCUUCCCAUGCGAGGACAUGAGAGAUGCCUCCCACAGGAUGGUAAUACAUCUGGGCGUCCCCUGAGCACCAUCUCUCCAGAUGGCCAAUUCUCUCACACCAGGAGUGAGUUGCAAUUUUCAAGUCAUUUCUGACAUGAUAAAAAACAACAACAGAUGAACAAGAUAAGAAGGAAUUUCAGAAAAGGCCAUACUCUUGUAGGUUAGAAAACUUAAUUUUAAUUGCUUUCUACAAAUUACUUGAAACUCCUUGCUGUGCUGAUUAGAUUUAUCCCUUUCAAAGGGGAUGGAAUAGUCUUAUUCUUGAAUAUGAUCUUAAACCAUUGCCUGAUUUCUGCUUAUUUUGUAAAAUAGAUUACUUUUAUUUCUGAUACGGAAAAGAAACAUUUUAAAUGAUAUGUUCAUACAGCCGAGUGUUUAUUUCAUUCAAAGAUGCAGUACACAAGAAUCCAGGGUUCAACUUCAAUUUGAUACAUUAAAAAUGUUAAAUGUUGUAUAUGAAUUGGGAAAAAAUGGUUUUAGAGUAUUUUUCUUUCAUAAAAAUAGAUUGGUUAGAAAAAGAGUGGUAAAGGUAAUAUAAUCUGUUUCCAAAACCUGAUAAUAUUGUCAUAGCAUUUUGAUCCUUGGCAAUUGUUUAAGCAAAACAAAUUGAGAGUAAAUUGAUUUUUUUUAAAUAUGUGUCUAUAUUUCUUAAAAAGUAUCAGUCAAUCUGUAUAUGUCACUCUUUAGUACAUAGGGUGACCAGCCAGAUAUCUUAUGAUUUUGUAGCCAGUUUAGUCAAUGAUAUGAGAUUAUGUAAGAGUGAUAGUCCAAAAACAAACAACUACAUCCCUGCAUUUACCAGGCACUUCUACCAGGCAUCUAUCCUAAUCUAGACUACAGUAUGACAUAAUAACAUGGUUCUUUCUGGUCAUGUGUCCCAUUCAUGAUGAGUUUAUUUUCCAAUUGACAUGGAAAUACCCAGAACCAGCUUGACUCAAACCAGAAGAAUGAUUUGACCUACUAACAAAUGAUGUUUCAGCUCUUUCCUUCUCUGUGUGAUGUUGCUUUAUCAGCUGCACCCAGGUUGGGAGAUAUAUAUAUAUAUAGUUAUAUAUAUAAACAAAAGGAGACUUAGUAGCUCCCCUUUGAAAAUAAGUUAGCAACUGAAUACAUGUGUUCAUAUUACCCGUCCUUGAAUAUGUGAUGUGUUUGGCAUAAUCUACCUAGCCUCUACAGAACAUCUGUAUUUCUGUAGGAGAGGUCUAUGUACAUACAGUUGCAUAGGCUUCCUUUAUACUUUUGUGCCAUAGGCAUGGAUAAUGGGGUGCAUGUGUGUACAUGUGUGUGACAAAUAUACACCCUAUUUGGCUACAUACCAGUUCCAGUUCCAAGUUACGUAUUCUGUUCAGUGGGGAUAUGGUGAUACUAAAGUUGUUGACAAACUUUGGUGCAUAUAACCCCAUGGAGCAAACACACAUACAUUUGUUUUGGAGUCCAAUGAUCCUAUUGGAGACAUGCCGGCAUCUGCUACAAGCAUGAAUAUAACAAUAACAAGGAAUUUCUUUCUAUUAUUCUCACAUAGUGUUACACAGAGAAGGAACAUACAUAAUUUUCUACAGAAGAAGAGCCUGUGUGUGUAUGCAUGUGCCUUCAAGUCGCCUGUUGACUUAUGGUGAUCCCAUGAAUUUUAUAGGACUUUCUUAGACAAGGAAUGCUCCGAGGUGGUUUUCCUGGUUCCUCCCUUUGAACUAAGAGCUCACAGCACCUGAUACUUGUUGGUGGUCUCCCAUCCAAGUACUAACCAAGGCUGACUGUACUUAGCUUUCAAGAUCGGACUGGAUCUGGUGCCUUUAGAAUAUUUAGGUCAUAAUGAACUUGUGUAUGCCAGGGUAUAAAGACAAAUUAUUACUAUGUGACUUAUAGACAAAUGUCUAAAGGGUAAAACAGAACUAGGGCCCAACACCUAAGCUUUUCACUCCGCUUUUCACUAUAUAAUACGACCAGCAGUGCUGCUCAUGACAAACUUUCCUUAUAACAAUGAUCUGCUGUUAUAAUUGCAUUUGGAAGACACUCCAAGAAUCUCUGAAAGAUCGUUUUAUGGGUGGUGGGGACACAUGUGAGUCCCAAGCAGAAGGUUUUUGAUAGUUGACAUAUGAUUCCAUCCUAUUAUAUUUGUCAGAGCAUAUUUGCAACAUUUGUGUCCUGUGUCUAAAACAGUGUUGUCCUAUCAAAUUUCUGUGACCCUUCAAAAACUAUGGAUAUUUAAUAUAUGUAAUGCAGUGCUAUUGCAACAUUUUCAAUAAAGAAAUUUAUGCAUUCA